AUGGAAGGCUUCAACACUGAAGAAGUGGAUGACUACGAUCAAAGUCCAACUUAUGCAGGACUUGUUAAGCUACUAGCAAAACCUGGUCUCGAUGAGCAAGCAAAAAAUGUGGCGCUUCAUGGCUCCAUUAAUCGUCCACUCGAGGGGGUUGAAAGGCCUACGCUUAUGGGCCUAGUACAGAUGCGAGACUCUCUUGACUAUCGUAUGAGCCAAGUUAUGGGGGCGGCAACGGCCUACAAGAGUUUCUGGGAGCUCGACAUGCCAGAUUGUGAGGAAGUCGAUAUUAAUGCUUACUCUGGUCCAAAUGUACCAAGAUCAUUUGACCUAGUCUGCGAGUACGCCCUAUUUGACGAGCCAGCAACACUACAGGGCCACAGUUAUGCGAAAGGGUUAAAGUAUAUCGCGUGUUGUAUAGCUGAAGCUGGUUGGAACCAGGCUGAAGCUACAGCUAAACUUGAUUCUUUGGUAAAGUACAAAGAAGCAGUUGUCCGCGCUUCGGGCAUCCCAAAAGUUUAUGGCAUGAGCCGUCUUCUGUCAACGAUUAACACGAAGAUAUUCAAGUACGAAUGGGAGAUCCGGCAAGAACUCAAGACAAUCUCGCAGCGCACAAAGCGAAGGAUCCGGGCGAUGUCCCCCGGCAAGUCCGACACACCACGCCAAAAAGGUCUCCCAGGUGAGUGGAUUGAAGAUACCGCUACGGCUGACAUGGCAAGGUUAGGCCUCUGUGGUGCUGGACCAAGCAGUCCUGGUCCUAGUUAUAGUGGACCAAGCAGUCCUAGUUCCAGUCGUGGUGGUGCUGAACCAAGCAGCCAGUAG